UGGGUUCAAACUCCAGCGGCUGACGGGCGGCCAAGACCUGAGAGAACAUGGCUCGGCCGUUCGUUUGCGUGCGGGCCCUGGCGACCGUGCUUCUGCUAGGUAUCGCCACCGUCUCCGGAUCGAUGGGCCUGCGGGGCCAAGAGCAUCGAGGGACGUCGCGAAUCCCUUCACAGUUCAGCGCGGAGGAGCGCUUCACCAUGAAAGAGGCGCUGAAAGAUGCCAUCAAGAUCCCAACAGUGUCUUUCGGCCCCGAGGAGUUCAACACUACAGCCCUCGCUGAGUUUGGAGAAUUCAUUUAUAAAGCCUUUCCAACAUUGUUCAAAACCAGCUUUAUCCAACACGAAGUCGUGGGAGAGUACAGCCACCUCUUCACUGUCCAAGGCUCAGACCCCAGCUUACAGCCUUACCUGCUGACGGCGCACAUCGACGUGGUGCCUGCCCCUGCGGAAGGCUGGGAGGUGCCCCCAUUCUCUGGGCUGGAGCGUGAUGGCUUCAUCCAUGGGCGAGGCACACUGGACAACAAAAACUCCGUCAUGGCAAUCCUGCAAGCCUUGGAGCUCCUGGUGACCAGAAACUAUGUUCCCCGAAGAUCUUUCUUCAUUGCUCUGGGCCAUGAUGAGGAGGUAUCAGGGAAGUAUGGAGCUCAGAAAAUCUCAGCCCUGCUGCAGGCCAGGGGUGUCCAGCUAGCCUUCAUCAUGGACGAGUGUGGCUUCGUCUUGGAUGGUUUCUUUCCCAGCCUCAAGAAACCCUUUGCUAUGGUUUCAGUCUCCGAGAAGGGGGCACUUAACCUCAAGCUGCAAGUAAACAUGACCCCAGGCCACUCUUCAGCCCCUCCGAAGGAGACAAGCAUUGGCAUCCUCGCAGCUGCUAUUAGCCGCCUGGAGCAGACGUCACUACCAAACAUGUUUGGAGAUGGGCCAUUGAAGAAGACAAUGCAACUACUGGCAAAUGAGUUUCCCUUUCCUACCAAUGUAGUCUUGAGCAACCUGUGGCUGUUUCGGCCCCUUGUAAGCAGGUUAUUGGAGAGGAAUUACAUAACCAACGCAUUCAUCAGGACCACCACGGCAGUCACCAUGUUCAAUGCAGGGAUCAAGAUAAAUGUCAUUCCACCAGUGGCCGAGGCCACCAUCAACUUCCGAAUUCACCCUGCACAGACAGUCCAGGAGGUCAUUGAUCUCGUCAAGAACAUCAUGGCUGACGACCGGGUCCAGUUCCAUGUGUUGAGUGCCUUUGACCCCCUCCCCAUCAGCCCCUCCGAUGAUCAGGCCUUCGGCUACCAGCUGCUCCGCCAGACCAUACAGUCCGUUUUCCCUGAGGUCAACAUUGUUGCCCCAGGCACUUGCAUUGGCAACACAGACAGUCGGCACUACACAAACCUCACGACUGACAUCUACCGGUUCAACCCCCUCUACCUGCAGCCUCAGGACUUCAGUAGCAUCCAUGGACUCAACGAGAAAAUCUCAGUCCAAGCCUACGAGACCCAGGUGAAAUUCAUGUUUGAGUUGAUCCAGAAUGCUGAUACAGAGCUGAGCCAAGUUCCUCACCUGCAUGAACUGUGAGGUUGACGGGCCAGGAUUACUCCAGGGGGAAGUCAGUGCUCUUGAAACUUUUCAUCAAAACCACAUCGUUCACCCCUAAACUCACAAGAACAAGUCUGAGGUGUGAGGGAGGAGUGUGGGAAUCUGGCUUCUCCCUUGCUCUUAACUUCACCCCUCAGCUGGCUGGCUUCACUGCCUUCCUGUCUCUAGCCUGGAGAAUUGUCCUGUCUUGUGCUAGUUAUUCAACUGUGCCACCCUCCAGCCCUUGGCAACUUAGCAACUGCAGACUUGAAAAAUCUCAACCAGGUUUUGCUUAGUUAAAGUAUUUAGUGUGUUCCUGCUAGAUGACUUUCUCCAUGGCUUACACAUUCUUGCUGUAACUUCCUUUCCCCCUUUUCUCCUCUUCAGCCCUUCAACUGCUUCUGUCUCUUUCCUCUCCUGCCCCUGAGUCCCUCCCCCGCCCCCCAACUUUAUUCUCUAUCUGGAGCAAGAGUUCAUCAAACUGUGGUGUUACCAUAAUUGUCACAACUGGUCAAAUAAAGUGACAUGUGCAACAUGUGACUGACAGGUGAAACUGAGGCAGGGAACUUAGAGGGAACCCAAGGCCCCUGGUUCUGGAGGAGGGAGCCUUAAGAAUAAAAUGUCUGGGGCCUCCCCUGGUGGCGCAGCGGUUGAGCGCUGGGCUGCGAAGCUGCCCACAGCCUCUGCAGUGCCGGUUCGAUCCCCGGCCACCGGCGAGGGUCCCACCUGGCAUGCAGACCUCUCCUGCCGCGCCCCCUGCUCCCCUCAGCAGUGUACCUCACUCCUUCUGCCUGUUCUGCUCCCCACUCUGGCUCUAGUGAAUUCUCUCACCCUCCCGCACUUCUGACUGUACCCAG